CUUGUACAUAAACAUAUCUACUGAAUGUUCAUGUAGUUGAAUGGCAACAAUACCAUAUGUAACAGCUCAAAUCUACUGUAAUCUCCUACAUCACUCACCCUCCAUUCCAAGGUUUACAAGAUUGUUAGAAAAGAAUUUCUUUGCUUGAAAAAAUGAUAAAUUAGGAUAAUGUGCAAGGUUGUUAGACAAGAAUUAAGGUAAAACCGAAAACACAAUUAGUGCUAACAAAUAUCCUGAUGAAUUCCUUCCGUAAAAUGUGCAGUAUCUCAGUAGUCGUAGGAAACUAGGUAUCUUCUUAGAUCCCUACUUUCCAUCUCCUUUUCCUGAUCACUGAGUUCAUACAAUAUGCAUUGAGAGAGAUGUAUAAAAAGAAACGAAACCCUUCAUUUUAUUUAGCACAUGGUUAAAAAAGUGAACAAAAAUUCUGAGAAACAAUGGAAAAUAAACAAGUAAGCUUCCUAAAGACUUGCAUUAAUGGCAUCAACGCUCUUUCAGGAAUUGGCAUUCUAUCCAUUCCGUAUGCCCUUUCAGCAGGAGGCUGGUUAAGCUUGAUCCUGCUGAUCUUGAUUGCGGCUGCAGCCUGCUUUACUGGACUUCUGAUGCGCAGAUGCAUGGAUAGAAAUCCUAAUGUUACAAGUUAUUCUGACAUUGCCAGUCAUGCAUUUGGACGCAGAGGAAAAUUAGUAGCGUCUUUCUUCACCUCUUUAGAGCUUUAUUUUGUCGCCACUGGUUUUUUAAUAAUGGAAGGGGACAGCUUGCAUAAGCUUUCUCCGAACUUUGCAUUAAAGCUGGGAAGCCUUUCUAUAGAUGGCAGGCAUUCUUUUGUUAUUCUUUCAGGUAUUUUGAUCUUGCCUACUAUGUGGCUAAGUAACCUCGGUGUUAUGUCCUAUGUUUCGGCCUGCGGGGUGCUGUCUUCUCUGGUUGUAGUUGUUUGUGUUUUGUGUGUUGGUGUGACUAAAGGGGUUGGAUUUCAUGGCAAAGGAUCACUGAUAAAUUUACAAGGGGUGCCUACUGCACUCAGUUUGUACGCUUUUUGCUAUGGUGCUCAUGCAUUGUUCCCUAGCAUAUACAAUUCAAUGAGAAAGAAAAACCAGUUUUCCAAGGUCAUGUUUGUAAGUUUUGUCAUAUGUACUAUCACCAACUUAUCUAUGGCCGUAUUGGGCUAUCUUAUAUAUGGUCAGAAUGUGCAAUCUCAAGUUACAUUAAAUCUACCUACGCAAAAGCUCAGCUCCAAGAUAGCAAUAUACAGCAUAUUGGCAGGUCCAAUUGCCAAGUAUGCAUUAACAAUAACACCGAUUGCCACUGCAAUUGAAAGUGUUUUGCCAGACAGGUAUCAAGAUAGUAAGUCGAUAGGUAUUCUUGUCAGAAUGUCUUUGUUAAUUAGCACAGUAGUUAUGGCCAUGGUAUUUCCAUCUUUUCAGUCCUUGACAUCUCUAAGUGGAGCGGCUCUCAUCGUUAUUGUUUCAUUCUUCCUCCCAUGUGCAUGUUACUUGAAGAUUUUUAAAGUAUAUCAGAAAUGGGGAAUUGAGCUAGCAGGUAUCUUGACAAUAAUGCUAAUGUCAGUUGUUGUUGGUGCUGUGGGCACAUAUUCAUCUAUUGCUCAGACUGUGAAGCAUAAUUAAGAAUUCAAUAGUCGGUUUUCAGUAACUAAUGCCACACAAAAAUAGACAGGCAAUGGGAUAUGUUUCCUUGAGAUGGUAUUAUGUGUAGGUUUCAAAUAUCACUGUAUUUCAUAUUUCGAACAGGAUCCCGAAGUCAUUACCAGAACCAUGUCGAAAAGAAAGGGCACAGAGAAAAAAUUGAGCUGAAUUUGAAAGUUCCAGUCCUACUUAGACAGUUUCUGGAUGUGGAUAACUAUUUUAAUAAUUGUCAAUGAUAUUUAUUUCUCAUUUUC